AUGGGAGAAGAGAACUUCACCACUGUCAAAGAUUUCUUCUUGGUGGGAUUCUCCGAUGACCGAAGGACACAGAUCCUACUCUUUGUGGUCAUCCUCAUAAUUUACUCCCUCACCAUUAUGGGGAACCUGGUGGUCAUCAUGCUGGUAUGGGCUGAACCCUCCCUUCACACACCCAUGUACUUCUUCUUGGCUAACCUAUCAGGCCUGGAGAUCUGCUAUGUCACCAGCACCUUGCCCCAGAUGAUGGCAAACCUCCUAUCUGGCAACAGAUUCAUCUCCUUCUGCCGUUGCAUGGUACACAUGUACAUCUCAUCUUCCCUGGGUGGUAUUGAAUGCCUCCUUCUAGCUGUCAUGGCCUAUGACCGCUACUUGGCUAUCUGCCAUCCCCUAUUAUAUACCAGUAUCAUGGGCUGGUGGUGCCAAGUACUGCUUUCCUCAUCCUGUUGGACAAGUGGCUUGUUCCUUGGUUCAAUAAACACAGGCAGUACCGUUCGCCUCCCCUUCUGCGGACCCAACCGCAUCAACCACUUCUUCUGUGAGCUACCAAUAGUGUUGAAACUUUCAUGCACUGACACUCAGAGCACAGAAUCUUCCAUUUAUUUGGCAGCAGUACUGUUGCUCUUAAUUCACCUUUUGAUUAUCCUGACGUCCUAUGGGAUGAUUCUCUCUUCGGUAUUGCAAAUGUGGUCAACCGCUGGGCGUCACAAGGCCUUCUCCACAUGUAGCUCCCAUCUGCUUGUGGUUACCUUGUUCUAUGGCACUGUUAUCUCUAUGUACAUGAUUCCCCAGUCAUGCUCAACUCCUGAUCAUGACAAGAAAAUUGCUGUCGUGUACAUUAUGGUCACCCCCUUGGUUAAUCCUGUCAUAUAUACUCUGAGAAACAAGGAUAUCCAUGAGGCUCUGGGCAAGGUGCUGCAACGGCUAGGCUUUAAGCAAAAGUGUUGAGUGAUCAAUAUGGCAGAGUCAUGUGAGAGUUGGGCUCCACAUGGCUCCUGGACCAUGAAGUUGACUUCAAAAGAGGAAACUUCACAAAAAUGAGGGGAUUGGUAAAAAGAAAGCUGAAAAACAAAGUCCAG